GUAUAACGUCGAUACAGCUUUAAUAUUAAAAAAACAUAAUACGAAAGGUGGAAAAAUUUGUGAAUAUCAGAUAAACUGUGUAAUUGAAGUGAUGUAACAAACCGCAAAAAAGUGAACUUGAUAAAGGUGUUUAGAAUUGACGUGGAACGAUUUUGACUUCCGAUUUGAAAUAAAUUUAAAAGAAUGCAGCGACAAGAGGAGCGACAGUGGAAACAGCAGCGACACGAGAAGCGGAAAGGUGAUAAUGAGAAUACGGGUAACGUAAUCGUGCAACACUGAGAGAGAGAGAGAGAGUAAGAGGGAAAAAAAUAAAUUGAGGAUUGUAGAAUAGAAGGGAAAGAGAGGAGGAGAAAUGGGGCGGUUCGAGGCUCGAUUAAAUACCGAUUAAAAAAUGUAGUGCUUGGAACGAGGAGCUGAUCCUCCGUCAGAUAUGUCUCUCGAAAAUCUGUUGAAAACACCCUACGACGAAUCGAAUAACAGCGACGACUUCAACCAACCGACCGAAAUUCCCGCUUCCGCCGCAGAUUCGGCAAAUUCAACGAACACCUCUGGAUACGCUCACAUUUACUUGAGCACCGUUCAAGUAGCAACCACCGGCACUCCAAAUUCUUCCGAAAAUAUAAACCAGUACUAUUUUUAUCGGAAGGAGCAGUUCACCGUUCUUUGGCUUCUCUUUACCGUCAUAGUUGCCGGGAAUCUUGGAGUUCUGGGUUGGCUUCUACGGGGAAAAAGGCGAAAGUCAAAAAUGGACUUCUUCAUCAAACAGCUCGCUUUUGCAGAUCUACUGGUCGGUCUGAUUUCCGUACUCACGGACAUCGUAUGGCGAACCACGGUUGCUUGGUACGCCGGAAACGUCGCCUGCAAAUUAAUCAGGUUCAUGCAAGCUGUGGUCACCUACAGUUCGACCUACGUUUUGGUCGCCCUUUCGAUCGACCGAUACGACGCCAUUACCCGACCAAUGAACUUUUCCGGAAGUUGGAACAGAGCUCGAGCCCUGAUCGCCGUCGCUUGGAGCCUCUCGAUCUUCUUCAGCAUGCCGAUAAUAUUUCUAUACGAGAGCAAAACUAUACAGAACAUCGAGCAGUGCUGGAUCGAGCUCUCCUCCCCGACGAAAUGGAAGAUCUAUAUGAGCCUGGUCAGUUUUACCUUGUUCAUCGCGCCCACGCUGAUAAUAGGAGGGUGUUACCUGGUCAUUGUGGUCACCAUAUGGUCGCAGGGUGGAGCCCUGAGGCCAGGGCCGGCACGAGAUACGAGGAGGGCGUCAUCCCGGGGGCUGAUACCAAGGGCGAAGAUAAAGACCAUCAAAAUGACGCUGGUCAUUGUUUUCGUUUUCGUAAUCUGCUGGAGUCCUUACAUCAUUUUUGAUCUUCUGCAAGUCUACGGGCAUAUCCCUAAGACCCAGACGAACAUCGCUGUUGCCACGUUUAUCCAGAGCCUUGCGCCCCUCAAUUCAGCCGCAAAUCCAAUUAUAUAUUGUCUCUUCAGCACAUCUCUCUGCAAGAGCAUACGUAAUUUGCAGGCAAUAUCAUGGAUCUCUGGAUGGUGUCCCGCGAAUCCGCAUCACUGCUUCGGCUCGGGUUCGAGUCAGAACAGCACCCGUACGACGGUUACCACGUCUUUGACGGCUCAUUCGUCGAAGAAGAAACGCGUAAUGGUCUCCAUCGUGUAAUUCUGCAGCUGCAUCGGACAAGAGAUUGCGCCCGAAAUUGACUGCAGUCUCGCGGCAUGGACGAGAGAUCCACUAACAGGAAAUGCGAUAGCAGAAACCCCGGGGCUAGUCAUGAAACCGAAAGAACCAGCGAGAACCGGAGAGAGAAAAUAUCUCCUUUCUGCAGCAGUUUCACCCCAUCCCCUCGAAUUCAGUGUCUUAUUACUUAUUCCAAUGUGCGGUGUAUUCGUAUAGGCAUAUACACACCAACUUUCUUUCGUCUCCCUGAUGUAUUCAGUCGCUUGCUUGCGAAUUACACAUGUUUCACUGUUCAAAAUUUCGAGUUGGUACUUUUCGUGCGUACGCCUUCUCGGGCAAAAACCGCAAUUUGACUACUUCAAUUCGAGGGAUGCGUACGUGCUGGUGAAAAAUUUGCAUGGAACUCGUGUGAAGUUCACGUAAAUUUUCACGAGCUCGUAUGGCCUUUAAAUUACGUGCUAAAGUUGAAAAAAAAUUGUCAACAGUGUAUGUGUAAUUUCAUUUUGUUUCUCUACCAUCAGCACAGUAUCAAAUUAUAUUAAUACAUAUUUGGCUCGUUCUGCCAAUAAGAACUUCAAAAAUCCAGUAUUACUUCGUUAAUAUCGAAAUUCUUCAUUAACUUGCGUUUAACUCACCAGUCUCACUCUAUUUUUCUCUCUGACCCUAAAACAAGGCAAUUAUGACAUUGACCGACCUUACUUACUUUUUAUUUCGUCUAAAUGUUACAUGAACAAUUUAGCACGGGAUAAUAAAUUCGCUUGCAUUAAUCCAAUCCCGGUUACAUUUGACCGAAAUCCGCCUGCAUUACGGCAACUGAGAGUACAUUUUACCGAUCGACAUUUGUUUCACGAUUCAAGAUUGGCCAGAGAGUCAGGAUUUAUCGAAUCGUGAACAACGAGACAAAUGUCGAUCGGUAAAAUGUACCUUAAAUUGCAUAAACGCAGGCGAAUCCGAUGUCACAUUGCCCAUUUAACAUUUUUUCGUAGCGAACCGUCACACCGAAUGUAACACAAUUAGGUAAUCGAUCAAAUUUCGGCACAGCGUCAUAGAAUUUUCCUGCUUAUUCGGAUUAUUAUGUUAUAUCUUUAAUAGGUUAAUCGCUCAUCUAACCCAAAUGAAGAUUCACGGGAGUUCACAUUAGAACAAGUAAUGUUUAUUAACGAUUAUUGAUUACUCUUACAUGUUUUCUAAUGCCAGUCGGCGUGGGCCAUAGAAAAGUUUGUUCUUUAGAUAGGACGUCUCUUUCGUGUCUAACUUGUCCAUCGGACCUUGGCCUAAUUAUUUUUAUAUUCAAGCUAGAACAAUUAUACUAAUAACAGUAAGAAAAGAAAAGGAGUAACAUAAAUGUGAAUAGGUAAAGGGGAGGAGCAGGUAAGUUUCAAGAAAUAACUGUGGCUCGAAUUUAACACGAGCAUCGAGUGAUCAGCCGGGUUUCAAGCGGGGACACGUGUCAAUCCGACGUGCAGUUUGAGGGUGUCUUUGAGACGAGUCAUCCAAUCUGACCACCGCUGAGGGAAUGGCGGAGUCGUUCCUUUCAGUUCCUUCAUUCGAGGUGGGGGGCACCUGAAUUUGAUUAAAAAAGGGAAGAGGUUUCGGCUCGUGUGUGUAACGCGCGAUAGGGUGCGACACGGUUUUAGAGCGGGUGCACAGCGCCUGUGUAACAACCUGAAAUCUCGCGAAAUCGAGUAUCGACCUCGCGUCUUCUGCGAUAGUUAUACGGGCAUUGCUCUGCCCUGCUCGGCUCGGGUCUCGAUCGAUAAAUAAGGCUCAACGUUAACCGGUCCCCAAAAUCAGCCACCCCCGCUGUGAUACGGGACCUUCUAUACAGCGAUCAGUUAACCCCAACUAUGUAAUGCCUCGCUACCCCGUCUGGCAACCUACAAUAUUGUACAACUGUUUUCAAUUUGUUCCAGUAAUAACCUGCAGCCCUUAAGCGUCUCUUUGAGCCAUUCUUGUUCUUACCUCGAAAUUGUUAUCGCGGGUUAAUCGUCCGCGAAAAGAGUAGUCGAACAACGUCAUACCCGUAAUUACGAUAGCUCUCUAACUACACUUGCCGUAUUACUAUAUCUAUUAGGG